GAAAAGUUCGGAGUCUGAGCGGAGUUUUUGAACGUAGCCCAAUUUUAAAAUCAACCGUUAGCGGAAUUUGUGAUAAAGGGCGACGGAGAUCAAGUUCUUGUAACACAUUAAUUUAUUUAAAUAUCAAAACAUAUAAAUAAACAUCAAAUAUACAUUAUGUCUCAACAGCAAACUAAGAAUUGUAUUACUCUUCGUGGCUCUGCUCAAAUUAUUUGCGAAUAUUUGAAGUUCGCAAUAAAUUCAGUGUUGUUUCAAAGAGGGCUUUACCCACCAGAAACUUUCAAAGCCGAACAGCAAUAUGGAAUUACACUUCUUUUAUCUGAAGAUCCACAAAUCAAAAGUUUUCUGACAAAUCUUCUGACUCAAAGUGAAGAAUGGAUUGUGAAUAAGAAAGUCAGUAAACUGUCACUUAUCAUCUUGAAUGUUGCCAACAAAGAAGUAUUAGAAUGCUGGGAUUUCAAUGUGCAAUAUGAGGACGGUGACAUUACACUUUCAAAAGAGAAGAAUGAAACGGUUGGCUCAAAAGAUUUAAAAAAAAUUCAGCAAGAAAUCAGGGAUGUAAUGUUGCAGGUUGCUGCAACUAUUUCAUACUUACCAUUUUUGGAUUGUCGAUGUUCUUUUGAUGUUUUAAUCCAUGCUAAAACUGACUGUGAUAUACCCGAAAAGUGGGCUGAGGCUGAACCUGUAGCCAUUGCUAACGCUCAGAAUGUCCAACUGAAAUCUUUCACAACUAGCCUUCAUAAAAUGGAAACGGUUGUGAGCUAUAAACUUUCAGAUUAACACUAGGAAACCAUGUUGCUCGUUGCAACUUCCCUAUUUAUACCUGUACAAAGAUGUAGUCUUUAAGUUUUAAUGCGUGAAUGGGCUCAGCUGUGUUCUUAGUAUAGGCAUUAUUUCACAAAACAGUACCAGUAGCUUGUGUUUGAGGAGUAAUAAAAUUUUAGCCAUUUUACAAACCAAUUCACAAAUAGUUCUUGAGUUGUAAAAGUUCAUCUAUUUUCUUAAAUGUAUUGUAUAUUAAUAAUUGUUUGUAUUUUACAUUUUCUAAUUUGGUUAUCUUUUAAUUUCAAUCAUACAAGAAUCUGAUUCUGAUAGAUAAAGGUAAUUUUUACAGGUUUUGUCUAUUUAGGUUGAUUUUUAUAUUUCUUUUUAUUUUAAAAGGGGUACAAACAAACGUAUGACCAUCCAGAUGGUUAGAGGCUACCAUAGUUUAUAGACGCUCAAAAAUAUCACUCGAGCUAUUGCCUACCCUGACCUAAAUCUCUACCCCGUGAAGCCCUGGAACCUUACUCACCGACAGAAACACAAUACCACCAAAAGUAAAUAUAAAGAAACUAUAGUUUUUGAAAUAACACUUGUGAUAAUAUUGUUAACAUAUUAUGGUAACUUUCCAAAGAAGCACUAAUAGAUAGGCACUACUUAGAUGAAUUGAACACAGUUUUGCACUACAUUUCAAGUAAGGAAUGUGUAGUUAUGUUUAAGAAUUUUACGUUACUAGGUAGUUUUAAAAAACCCACAAGGAUGUGCGUGUCUUCCGAGGGGCCACAGUAGAAAGCGUAGCGUUUUGACUACUGCUGCUAAAAUUUAAAGCUUGCCAAAGAAACUUAGCUUUAACUACAAAUUUGUAGUAGCAGAGUAAAUUUUGUACAUGAAAAAACUAAAGGUGCACCAACUGAUUGGAUUUUCUUUAUUUGUAGUCACUCAACAGAGUUCAAAUUUUUGCACAUAGUCCUACAAAUUAUCUUCUUAAUCGUACCAUUCAUCAAAAUUAUUUAUAUUGGCCAGAUACAGUAAUAUGAAAAUAGACGUGUUUCAUCUGAGAGCCCACAUUCGGUGAGUUUUAACGUUCAACUUACAACAGCUACAAAUUUAUCCUUCUGGCUACAAUUUGUUUAAAAGGUCCUGCUAAAUUGUUAAUUAUACUAAACCAGGUUUUUCACAGUGGCCCCUCAGAGGGCACGCACAUCUGUGUUAAAUAUAGACUAUUACUGCAUUUGCAUAAAUAAACAUUGGACAUCACAUGCAUUAUAUUGAUUCUAGUGUAAGCAGUUAAUUAUACCAUAUGAGUUGUCUAAAUCAGAAACAAUGAAGGCAUUGUAACAAUUUUAUAUUGUUGCUAAUAUUUUAUAAUUAAUUUAUAAAAAAAAACAGAAAUUCCCUAAUUGCAUAAAUAAUUGGGUAUGUAAUGUAUUAGUCUUGAUGACAUGUUAUGCAGUAAGUUUAUUAUUAAAAGUAGAAAUGUAUUGUUGAUAAAAUUUAAACAAGGGACCACAGUGUUGGCCUACUACGUGAUAUUGGC